GGCAGCAGAGGGAGAAGACUAGGUGGCUGAACUCGCCAAACACGUAUAUGAAGGUCCAGGUUCCUGAGGCGUCCUUAAACGGCGAGAUGAGUCCAAGGACUAAGAUCACGUGGAUGAAGGCCAACGAGCUGAACUCCAGCGGAUAUCCCAUUAAGAUAGAAGACCCCAACCAGUUUGUCCCACUGAACACCAACCCCACAGACGUCCUGGAGAAGAGGAACAAGAUCAGGGAGCAGAAUCGGUACGAUUUAAAGACUGCUGGGCCCCAGUCACAAGUCCUGGCGGGCAGUGCGGUAAGUGGUGGAAAAGCCAAGUGCGCCAAUGCAUUUUGAAGAGGAUGAGAACGCUCCUCCCCCACCCCCUAAUCCAUUCAGCCAAUUGUUGGAGGAGGAAACGCAGGAUCCGAGGGGCGAAAAUAACGGGACACAAGGUAAGCGCUAA